UCACGUCAAGCUUAGCCAAAGCUCCCUGCUCUGGAAGGGAGGUGAAACAAUGCAGUAAUUGCAUAAGGAUGGAGAAGAAUGCACAUCUUCAGUGCUAUAACUAUUUAUUUUAGCAGCCUUGAAUGUGGCCUGGCGUACCCAUGGGUGCUUGCAUUGUGGUGUCACUACUGUCACAUCCCUAGGUUCCUCUCCGGGCUGAGCCCGGUGGCACAUCCUCAGACAUCACUUGGUGCCUGUAUUUUGCAUUUUGGGGUCUGGGAAACACUGUGCCCACCCUGACAUGCAAUGCCACACGACCACACACCACGCAGUGCUGUGCCCACGCUGCCACUUGGUUUCUGUUCCCCAUUUGGCGCUUGGCUGCCACGUCAGAGUGGAAGGGGAAGUGAUGCUGCAGAUGCACCCAGGACCUGGAGCGAGUUGAGGGCCCAGAUCCCUCAGUACUCUGAGCACCUCAGCAGGCACUUCACCCAGUGAAGACAGGACUAUGAGCAUGGCCAACUUCACAGCUGGGAGGAACUCGUGCACCUACCAUGAGGAAUUCAAGCAGGUCCUGCUGCCCCUGGUCUACUCAGUGGUGUUCCUACUGGGGCUGCCACUCAACGCCGUCGUCAUUGGGCAGAUCUGGCUGGCCCGCAAGGCCCUGACCCGCACCACCAUCUACAUGCUGAACUUGGCCACGGCCGACCUGCUCUACGUCUGCUCCCUCCCUCUCCUCAUCUACAACUACACUCAGAAGGAUUACUGGCCCUUCGGGGACUUCACCUGCAAAUUUGUCCGCUUCCAGUUCUACACCAACCUGCACGGCAGCAUCCUCUUCCUCACCUGCAUCAGCAUCCAGCGCUACAUGGGGAUCUGCCACCCCUUGGCCUCAUGGCACAAAAAGAAGGGUAAGAAGCUGACAUGGCUGGUGUGUGCUGCGGUGUGGUUCAUCGUCAUCGCUCAGUGCCUGCCCACCUUUGUCUUUGCCUCCACGGGCACGCAGAGGAAUCGCACUGUCUGCUAUGACCUGAGCCCUCCGGACCGCUCCGCAUCCUACUUUCCCUACGGCAUCACAUUGACCAUCACCGGAUUCCUGCUGCCCUUUGCAGCCAUCCUGGCCUGCUACUGCAGCAUGGCCCGUAUCCUGUGCCAGAAAGAUGAGCUGAUUGGCUUGGCGGUGCACAAGAAGAAGGACAAGGCCGUGCGCAUGAUCAUCAUCGUCGUCAUCGUCUUCUCCAUCAGCUUCUUCCCCUUCCACCUCACCAAGACCAUCUACCUGAUCGUCCGCUCCUCACCCAGCUUGCCCUGCCCGACCCUGCAGGCUUUUGCCAUUGCCUACAAGUGCACGCGGCCCUUUGCCAGCAUGAACAGCGUGCUCGACCCCAUCCUCUUCUACUUCACCCAACGUAAGUUUCGUGAGAGCACCCGUUAUCUCCUGGACAAGAUGAGCUCCAAGUGGCGGAAUGACCACUGCAUCACCUAUGGCUCCUAGGUGAAUGAAGCCACCUUGGUGUCACCGGGGCUGGGCAUGGAGCAAUUUGGGUUGAAGCUGCAUGGUGCUGAGAUGGGGACGUGCCCAGGGAGCUGUGGGUGCCCAGUCCCUGGAGGUGUUCAAGAUCAGGUUGGAUGGAGCUCUGGGCCCUCGUGGGUUGGAACUAGGUGAUCUUUGAGGUCUCUUUUAACCCAGGCCAUUCUAUCGUUCUACCAUCUCCCAAGCUUCCAGACUCAUUUCCAUCCUAUCUCCAGCCCACAGCAGUGUGGAGAGCAUCCCAGCACAGGGCCCAUGUGGUGUCCAUUGGCUCUCAAUUGCUCAAUGCCAUCCUGGUUUUAGCUGCCUUGUGACAAGUUUUGGUGGAGGCUGAGGCACCAAUGCACUAAAUGACACUGGUGGGACCGGUGUUCAAAGCUUCUCCUCCUCUAAUGGGGCUGUACCAUCCCUGGGAAGGAUUUUUUGAGGGCUGGGAAGUGUUGCUCUGUGUUUCCCAAGUGAAACUGUGGGGCAGUUCUUGGGUCCUGAAUACCAAUAGCUCCCACAACCUCCAUGGCUCCAGGAGAAGAAAAGUUCAGUGUCACAGAUAUUUCAAGAACUCCAGAAUGAGGCUGGACCAACAAGAGACAUGGUGUGAGACAGCACCCCCAGCCAGACUGGGAGCUGGGAAGGGGGAAUGAGGGGAAUGGGGACACCAGCGCCACAUUUCCCACCCAGACUGAUGGGUUCACACCAGCAUUGCUGUCCUUGGACUCAGCAUCCUCUGCCACCUCUGCCUCCCAGAACAACUGAUGUGCACUCUGCAGGGUGACGGUGCAUUGUGAAUCCAUUGAAUCCAAAGCAUCGUGGUUUGCUUGGGACACCGUCCAGAUGAGGUUGAGCCAUUGCCACCCAGACACUGGGCACUGUGGCUGUACCUCUAACUGCUUUGCCAGACUUUAACACAUAGGAUGUAUAGAAUAAACCUACCCUCCUUUUCCCUGUAUGUACCCAACAAUACACACGUUCCAUAUGCACCCAUAUAUACAACACCCAAGCAGGGGAAGGUUGUAGCACUGCUCAGAUACACUCCACUCCAAAUACACUUCAACUAUCCACAUCA